UGGGGGAAGCUGCCGCGGCCGGUCGCCUUUCUCCGCUGCUGCUGGUUGGAUCAUUUCAAUAAAAGUGUUUUUUCUCUCUCGCUCGCUCUCCCCGGGGGAACAGGCGGAGGCGUCAGUCCGCAGCCGCCGAGUGAAAAAGCGACGCAUACGCAGCGAGCGUCUCCUCAGCUUCGCACGGCCCGGCCCCAGAGAAGAAGGAGCCCGUGUCCGGCCGGGCCGCCGCAACCGGGCGUCGGCGCCUCCCUGCCCACCUCACUCCCGCCGCGGCUCCUCCAAGGGGAUUAGUGGGCCGCCUGCGCGGCUCGGCAGCCCGGGAGCCAUGUUGUCCGGAGGGCUUGACAACGCGUGAGGGACCCGCGGCCCCUUCCGGAGGCUCGGACCCUCGGCGUGAGCUGGAAGGCUGCUGCGGCGGCGGAGGCCUGCGCCUCGGAGGCGCCUCGGGUCUGCCAGCCGCUGGGACCCGGACCUGCAUCCGGUCGCCGCGGGCGUCGGAGGAGCCGCUUUCCUUGUACGCCUCGCCUCGCCAGCUCUCGGGACGCGGCCCCCGCACUUGCUGACGAUCCUUCAGCUCUGCCAGUUCCCACCACCUCUCCCUCCUCCAGUCAGUAACUCUUCUUGCCUGUUCACUCGAUGCCAGCCCCUUUGUGCCAACUGUUGUACUGUACUACUGUACUUUUCAAGGAUUUUUCAAGUCACAUUCAGUUGAUAGGAUGAAAAAAUUUAAGAGAAGGCUAUCCCUCACGCUUCGAGGAAGCCAGACUAUUGAUGAAUCGUUGUCUGAAUUGGCUGAACAAAUGACUAUUGAAGAAAACAGCAGCAAAGAUAAUGAGCCUAUCGUGAAGAAUGGCAGACCUCCAACCUCUCACAGUAUGCAUUCCUUCCUCCACCAGUACACAGGGUCCUUCAAGAAGCCUCCAUUGCGGAGACCACAUAGCGUUAUUGGAGGAAGCCUUGGCUCCUUCAUGGCAAUGCCCAGAAAUGGAAGCAGAUUAGAUAUUGUUCAUGAAAAUCUAAAAAUGGGAUCAGAUGGUGAGAGUGACCAAGCUUCUGGGACAUCAUCUGAUGAAGUCCAGUCACCUACGGGUGUUUGUCUUAGAAAUCGUAUACAUAGACGGAUCUCAAUGGAGGAUUUAAAUAAGCGGUUAUCACUGCCUGCGGAUAUCAGAAUACCUGAUGGAUAUCUUGAAAAGUUGCAGAUAAACAGUCCACCAUUUGAUCAACCAAUGAGCCGAAGGUCUCGGAGAGCUUCCUUAUCAGAAAUUGGGUUUGGAAAAAUGGAAACCUACAUCAAAUUGGAAAAGCUUGGAGAGGGUACAUAUGCAACAGUAUAUAAAGGAAGAAGUAAAUUGACAGAGAAUUUGGUGGCAUUGAAAGAGAUCCGGUUGGAACAUGAAGAAGGUGCACCCUGCACAGCAAUAAGAGAAGUUUCACUAUUAAAGGAUCUAAAACAUGCAAAUAUAGUAACGUUACAUGACAUUGUUCACACAGAUAAAUCUUUGACUCUGGUCUUUGAGUAUCUGGAUAAAGAUCUAAAACAGUACAUGGAUGACUGUGGAAACAUCAUGAGUAUGCACAAUGUUAAGCUGUUUUUAUACCAAAUUCUACGUGGUUUGGCAUAUUGCCACAGAAGAAAGGUGUUACACCGAGACUUAAAACCACAGAACCUCCUCAUUAAUGAAAAAGGAGAAUUAAAGCUAGCAGAUUUUGGACUAGCCAGAGCCAAGUCAGUUCCCACAAAGACCUACUCAAAUGAAGUUGUCACACUGUGGUACCGGCCGCCUGAUGUGCUUCUCGGUUCCUCAGAGUACUCAACACAGAUUGAUAUGUGGGGUGUUGGUUGCAUUUUCUUUGAAAUGGCUUCUGGAAGACCUCUGUUUCCAGGAUCAACUGUGGAAGAUGAACUGCACUUAAUUUUCCGACUGCUAGGAACUCCAUGUCAGGAAACUUGGCCAGGUGUUUCUUCAAAUGAUGAGUUCAAGAACUACAACUUUCCAAAAUAUAAACCACAGCCUCUAAUUAACCAUGCACCCAGGUUAGACUCUGAAGGAAUCGAGUUGAUAACAAAAUUUCUUCAGUAUGAAUCUAAGAAAAGGGUUUCAGCAGAAGAGGCCAUGAAACAUGUGUACUUUCGAAGUCUGGGACCAAGGAUACAUGCUUUACCUGAAAGUGUAUCAAUAUUCAGUUUGAAAGAGAUUCAGUUGCAAAAGGACCCGGGUUUUCGAAAUUCUUCUUAUCCAGAGACAGGACAUGGGAAGAACAGAAGACAGAGCAUGCUCUUUUAAGUCUGGUAACAUGGUUUCAAGCCCAGCCCCCAGCCUUUCUUAUCAAUCAAGGACUCAGAUCUGAAGGCAAUUAUUUCUUUUGGUGGACUUGGAAUCUUCGUUUGUCUACACUGUCCUCUUCACAGUGGAGUCUUUUUAUUUCAGACCUACAAAUUGUUUUUAUAUUUGUUGUCACAGUGUGACAAUUUUUUUGUACAGUUGGUUUUAAGGUCUUCUCUGCCAUUAGAGCCAGUAGGUUACAGCUAUUGAUGUAACUGUAGCUGCAAUUUUUGUGCAGGACUGAGAAACACAAUGCAUUAUUUAUUGCGGAAUCAUUGCUGCUAAAUAACUACUGUCUGUUUAUUUAACACAACAGUUGAAUGCCUGAAGAAGUUGCAGUGGCUUUAUUAUACGUGAAUGCAUCUGUUUCUCCUCACAAAUUGUUUUACUGCUGCAUUUUUUCUUUGUUUGUUUUUAAAAUUAAAGUACAGUGUUUCCUGGAAUGUAAACCCAGCUUUGCUUAACAGUAAAAUAAGUGAGCCAACUUGAACACUCUUACAUUCAUGCUAUAUAAUUUUUUUAUUGAACAUUGGCAAAUAGAGUAGUAAGAAAUUGAUAAGCACAUUAUGUUUAGGAAAGCAUGUGAUGCAGAAGUUGAUUCAAGCAAGUGAAUACCUGACAUUUUGGGGAUCUCGCAUUAAAUACCAGUAAAUUAAAGCACCAAAAUUAUUUAUUUUUAUUUUUCCUCAUUUUAGGAAUAUUUACUGCAUAUUAUUGGAUAUUUGUAUACUAAUACACUUACCUAUUUUACAUCAUGCUUUAAUUUAGUUAAAACUGAACCAUACGAGUCCAGUCAAACAUCAGAGGUCUUGUUUUGUUUAUUUGUUUUAAAUAUAAUUCUUUUAUUAGAAUGGAUGAUACUUCAUUGGGGAACAGUUUUAUUUCAUUUGGGAGCUGUGUGUAUGUGUGUGUUUUAAUAACAUUCACUUGGAAUCAGUUGAAAGCUGUAAUAUGUCUUUGAAAUGAGCCAUGAUAAAUACAAAUGAGAGAAAUGAGAACUUGGAAGAUUGUUUUAAAGCAUUAUAGAUAUUAUCUGUUUACCAGAGAUAGUAAAUAUUACAGUUUUAAUUAUGUAUCUUUUUGAACAUCAUAAAUACACCUUGGUGUUGGUAACAGUGUUUUAAGCAUUUGUGUUCACUUUUAAGGACUAUUUGUUUAGUGCAUCUUACCAACUGCAAAUCUUAAUUGCUAUAUUUUGAAAUGGUCAUGUAAAUUUUGGGCUUAUGUAUCAUGAAAAUAGUCAUAACUUAAUUCUUUUCCUGACAUUCACUGUAAAACAUUCAGGGGUCCUACCAUUUCUGUUCAGGAAAUCUUGUAGUUUAUUGUUAUUUAACAGUAUUAAGUGAAUUUUUGUAUAUUUCAUUUUAACUUUAUUUGUGAAUAGUGAUUGUGGCAUGUUUGGGGUGUUGUUUUAAUAUUUCAUAAUACUGAAAUUUUAAUUUUUUAAGAAAUUUUCUGGAAGAAACAGAUUCAUGUGUAAUGGUGAAUAUUGGACCACUACUGCUUUUCACAUUUGUAAAUUGGUUUUAUGUUAAACCCUGUAGCCUAACAAACUGCUGUUAUUUCUAACUGACAGAUAUGUAUUAAUAUUGUACUUUGAAGGUUAUAAAUAUUAUGUGAAAA